AUCUGGUGUGACGCCACUAAUCCCAACACUACAAAUCAUAGGUCCCGUCCUCCUCGCUCCUCACAGACCCCUGCGACUCCCCUGCCGGCAACUUCACACCUGCCUCAGGUAAGACCCCUCCUCAGAUGUGCUGCUUCAACAUUUUCUCUCUUCCUCUCCUGCUGAAGUCCAAAACUUUUCUGAACGGGCUUUAAAACUUUCAUUAGACCUUAAACUUGCUCCUUUUACAUACAAAAUAUUUCUCUUGUAUUUGGAGGUCUUGACUUUACUUUAAAACACUAACUCCGCUGAAGCUUGUUGCUGCUCAGCUGCUGCAUCAUAAGACCAACACUUUAGGGUCCAGAGCUGCAACCCCACCGGGAACAAAAAUCCCAAAAAUGUCAGAGCCUGUGGAUCUGCAGCUCUGGAUUUAAACCUGUGCGCAGGCCGGCUUUUGUAACGUUUACUAAUUGAUAAAACUAAUAAAAUCUACGAACUUUAACACGACGUAGCAAAAGGAACAUAUUCAGUGUUUUCAAACCUACAGCGGCCCCAAAAAAAUCAACUGCAUAACUAUUUCAUAUGAAAAUAGUGGGAUGUUUUCUGAUUUUGUCUCUAUUUUUAAAGGACAUGUUUUCAUGUAAAUUGAUUUUUGUCACACAGAAUAUUUUUGUAAUUUAGCAAAUAUUAUAACUCACAACAUAUCUCUUAUAAUCCCUGAAAUAUCUUUAAGUUUUGGUUUACGGUUUUUCCAUUUUUUUGAGUAUUUUUUCCCUCAUUUCGUAGAACAUUUUAAGGGUUACAAGAAUUGUUUUUGGCGUUUCAUGAAUGCUUGUGCAGUUGCCACUUUACAUGCCAAAAUCAACUGAUAAUCCUCCUCAGUAUGAAUAAAUGCAGCGGUAAUUUAUUCAAGAUAGUCAUGUGCACGUCUGCAAUCAAACCUGUGAGAAAUAUGCAAAAGAGAUGACGGGAAAUCUGAUGUUAAAUACUCAAAAAGACAUUUCCUAUUAAAGCAAAAUAUAUUAGAUCCAUACAUUUGGACUUAACUUGACAUUUUCAGUCAGUUUUAGUCUAAUAAUUAAAUAAAAUAACCCUUUAAUUAAUGAUUUUCUGUCUUCUAAAGCCACUUUAGAGCGGUCUAACUAUUUAAAUAUUUCAAUCACAGUGUUGCAAGGCUCCAGGUUGCAUCUGCAGAUUUCUAAUUGUUCAGUUUAAGAAGCUAUAGUCAAAACUAUCACGACACUAAACGAGUGUGAAACAUAAAGAGCCUCUGGACCUGAAAUCUCCUCACAAAUCAUCCAGGAUGGAGCAGGUGCUAAAUUUAGCUGAAUGUGGAGGUACCCUGUGAUUGCUGAGGGGAUGGGAUGAAGAGGGAUUAACGUGGAGCACAAUGUGGUCAAUUGUUCCGUCUAACUGCAUUUCAUGUGAAUCACAAUCUCGUUUUUAUUUCCCCCCCGACAGUUUGAAGCUGAUAUAAAGAGCAGAAGAGAUGGCUGUGGUUGUAAGUACUUCAACUUUUACUUCAUGAAUGUAUUUGUGUUAAUGAGCUGACAGGGAAAAGACUUCUGUGAAAUACUCAAGACAAAAACACAUUCAGCGCCCGCUUACAUGAACUCAGCUGCAGCUCAACAUUUCCCAACACCAAAGCUCAUUGUCAUGGAUGCCGUCAGCGGCUACAGUAGCUUUAGCUUUGGCCUAAUCUCUGAUCCUUACUUCAGGUUCACUCGCAGUCCUUACCGUGUAUUUACAGGCUUUACUGGACUCAUGUGAGGCAGAUUAAUCAAACACUGAGGCCUAUUGAUUACUCUCCUGCAACACUAGCUAACACUCACUCCGCCUCACGUGGAUAAGGCAAUGUUUGAAACCUCACACAUAGAAGCCAGGUCUUGUGAGGGAAUUAAACUGACACAGGGAGGCUCGAAAACAACAUGCAAGAGUGGAAAAACUCACUUGGAUCAGAUUUAAAGGCUGGAAACAGGAAGUGGGGGGACAAGUCUUCUCCAUGUAAGGGUGUUAAAGUAUGAAGAAAAUAGAUGCGACUGAUAAAUAAUGGUAGUUUAGUUUCUUUGAAGUGACACAAAAUGAGUAAGACCAUGUUUAUGGUAGGAAAGAAAGACUUCCUACUGACAGGUAGAAACCUCCAGCAGAACCAGACACACUGAUGAAAGCCAUCUGCCUUAAAUUAUGAACACUUUACAUCUGAAACAAGUAAACGCCAUCUUUUAAUGAAGUGUUAGUUAUAUCAUUAAUGGUGUUUAGGGGACUCAAAAUAUCAGGGUCCUGGAAAUGGGUCAGCUAAAUAUCCAUCAUCCAGGUUAUUGACGAUUAUACACUUAAUUGGUCAAUCUGUAUUUAUAUAUCUCCAAAGUCAUUUAAAUAAAAGCCUGUUUUAUUAUUGAACAAGACCAAACUUAGUCCUUUAAGGAGAACAAACACUCAGAAGAAUCAGAAAAAAACCUUCUUCUAACAGGCAGAAACCUUGAGCAGAACCAGACACUCUGGAGAAAGCCAUCUGCCUCAUGCUGACAUAUUUAUAUCUAUAACAGCAGACUGUACUCUACCUAAAGUCAAAGAUGUUUAGAGGAAUAUAUAAUAUAAAGGUGCAGUGUGCAGUAUUAUGUAGUAUAGUAGUGGUUGAAAAGGAAUAUGAUAUUUAAAGUGUUUUAAUUAUUUCUACACAGAAGAGUCUCUCUUUCAGAAUUUUUUUGUUGUGAAAUGAAGCUGAUGCAGAAGUGCUAAAACCACAUACACAUUUAUUUAAAAAGUCCAUCUUUAGUACAAAAAUAAACAUAGUCAUAGACUAAUCUGGCUAAAAGCUCAGGUCUGAAUUUCUCUAUCUGCAUACACUGUAUUGAGAGUCGAUGUUAAGUGUUUCUACGGUGGCAAAGAGCAGACAAACUUGUAACACACUAGUUUUUGUAUCCAAGGAGAGGGUGUGUGAAAUGCAUGAGUGAUUGUUGUAGUAAAAGAAAAACAGAUUUAUCGAUUUUGUCGGUAAAAACUGGAAGAACAGGAUUAUACUUUGCAUGUAUCACAGAAGCUUCUUGUCCUCUAAGGCCACCAUUGAGGAAUUUAACAAUUAGUUAUUGAUAAAUAUUUACAUAUCAGCACAUUGUUCCGUUAUAAAACGAAAUAUUAGACCCCAGCCCACUUUAGUUUGAACAAAAACAACAGCUAUCAAAGCAAAUCUCCUCUACAGUCCUGGUUUAAAGACAAAAUCCAAAAUUUAAGAUUCAUUUUGUUAAAAUUCAAACUGUAAAAUUUUGUCAGAAAACUUUGGUCAUGAAUGGUUUAAAAACUAAAUAUUUAGCAGCAACACUUGAGAGUAUUUUUAGAGUAUUUUUAGAGUCAUGUCUGAGAUAUAAACGUGACUUACUGAGGUAAAUAAAAAUGUUGUUUCCUCUGUUUUCAGAGUGGAACUUACCGUAUGGUGUCGGAGGAGGAGCAGGCUCUCAGGGCCAAGCUGGAACGUCUCACCGUCAAGGACCACGGACCAGUGUUUGGACCCAGUGCCAGCGUGCCGGACCACACAAAGCAGAAGGUAACACAUGUUUUCAUAUUAGCAGACUAAGACCAUCAACACUCUGAACAUUUUUACAACUUCAUGCUACUAAGCUAGAACUCACUUGUUUAUUCGCUGCUAACUGAUGAUGUAAACCGUGAACUAACCGUCCGCUCUGGCUCCCCCUACAGGCCAAGGACGAGCUGAACGAGACAGACGAGAAGCGGGAAGCGGCAGCGAAGGAGCUGAGGGCGAUGAUAAAGGAGAAGGCGGACGGAGGAGACGACUUGGCCAAGGGGGUGCAGGACACAUUUGGGGAGAAACCAGACGGUGUCCUGGUCCGCUUCAUCCGCGCCAGGAAGUACGACGUGAACAGAGCCUACGACCUGAUGAAGGGUGAGUCUGGAGGGGGGACAGAGUUCAUAUGAUAUCAGUCCAAACUAGCAGGAAAGAAAACAAACAGAGGAAAGGAAACAGGUUCAAUAUAAAACUAACAGUUUAACGUUAUAGGUGCAAAUAAAAAUGUGAUAGCUGGUAGGUGGAAUAAUUGAUAGUUUUAAGUUUUAAGUGCAUCAACAUGAAGCUUUAGAUUGACAAAAAAAUCUGUAUAAAAGCAAACGCAUUGGGUGCUUUACUAUAUUUGCAUGAAUGGCAGGUAGAGGUGCAGAAAGAAUAGUUUAAAAGGCAUAAAUACACAGUUUUUCCUCAGAAAUAGAUUUAUUUUUAACGCAAAGUAAAAACACAAAUGUGAAAAUUAUUGUAUAAGAGGCAUUAAUAAGUUGUUGCAUGUGUGUCUAUAUUCAUGCAAGCUUAUCAGGUGCAUUAUUGGAAGAGUUUAUGGUGCAGAAGUAAAUAUUCGAAGGAGCACAGAUAGUUAAUGGUGCUUUAGCCAAAUUAACGAGUAGUUUAAGGCUCAUACGCAAGUAGCUCAAGUUGCAAAAUUGAGCUUUUAAGCUUCAUAAAUAAACAGCAUUAGAAAGAUUAGUAAAAAGCUCACAAAAUAGGCUGAAAUAAAUAACAAAGCUGCAUGAAUCAGGAUUUUUGAAGUAAAGAGCUGAAGGGAUAAAUAUGAGUUCUGAGGUGCAUGAGUAAGCAAGUGAAGUUCAAACUGAGUUUUAAUUAUAGAAACUAUUUUUUCAAUUGUUAGUGCACUUAAUUAAGUUUUCAGGUGGACCUCUAUUUUAUUGUACUGCACUCACGUUUACAUCCUGCUCUGGUUCUAGAUUCUGUCUCUCUCUGUUUCCUCUCCAGGUUACGUGCGUUUCAGGAAGGAUUACCCCGAGCUGUUUGAGAAUCUGACCCCAGAGGCCGUACGCAGCACCAUCGAGGCCGGCUACCCCGGUAUCCUGCCCAGCAGGGACAAGUACGGCCGCGUCGUCCUGCUCUUCAACAUCGAGAACUGGGACUACGAGGAGAUCACCUUCGAUGAGGUGAGAGAGCGGCUCUUUGCUCGCCACGUCUCAGAAAAACAGAAAUAUUCAGACAGAAGAAUACAAGACUGAUGUGUGUUUUUUGUGUUUAGAUCCUGCGAGCUUACUGUGUCAUCCUGGAGAAGCUGCUGGAGAACGAGGAGACUCAGAUCAACGGGUUCUGCAUCAUCGAGAACUUUAAGGGCUUCACGAUGCAGCAGGCGUCAGGAAUCAAACCCACCGAGCUCAAAAAGAUGGUGGACAUGCUGCAGGUGGGAAAAACUGAAACGGUUGUAAACUCUUGUGUCUGGUUUUUGGGUUGAAAUCUGGAGAAAAGUGACGACAAACACUCUUUCCUCUCUAAGAAUUAAAGUGCUGAGAAGAGCUUUUAUUUUCACUAAUCCUGGAGUCAUUUAUUAUGUGCAUUUUCUCUUUUUUUCUGCAGGACUUUUUGUUUUUGUAAACCACCUUACUGACUGUUUUUUUGUCCUCCAGGAUUCUUUCCCAGCCCGUUUCAAAGCUGUGCACUUCAUCCACCAGCCCUGGUACUUCACCACCACUUACAACGUGGUCAAACCUCUCAUGAAGAGCAAGCUGCUAGAAAGGGUGAGUUCAACAACAAGUGUGGUUUUAUAACAAUAACGAUGGUGACGGCUCUGAGAAGAGGAGAAUCAAACACCUCUAACAUCUGCUGUCCCACCUACGCUGCUUUAGGUGUUCGUCCACGGAGACGAGCUGGAGAACUACUACAAGGAGUUUGACGCCGACAUCCUCCCCUCUGAGUUUGAUGGAAAGUCGUCCAGCUACGACGGCAAGGCCACAGCCGCCAAGCUGUUCGACUAAACCUCCUCCCAGUCACGCCAACCAGACAGAGAGCUGAUUCAUAUUUGACUAAACCCCACAGACUGUGGAGACUCAAAGCCCAAUCUAGCUGUGUGGUUGUAGGAGAACAAAGAUAUGAAAGAGCGUAUGAAGCGAUGUUUUCAAGAGGUCCUGACAAAGCAGAAUCACAGGAAUGAGACAGGCGAGAAUUAUCAUCAUGAGUGACGCCCCGCUCGAUUUUUGCAGCACAGAGGCAUGCACACUGACAAACUUCAGAUUUCCUGUCUCAUUUCUGUGACUCUGUGCUUCGUUUGGACCGCUCUCCUCCCUCACAGCUUGUUGUAACACUGGCAGGUCCCAGCUUUGAAAGUUUUCCGCUCUCUGACCCCCUCUCCUCUCCCUUAACUUUCCACCACGUACAAGGCUGAAAUUCCAACAAGUGCCUGUCUCUCUCGUGUUUUUUAGUUUGCUCACUAUGAAUAUUAUGAAGUUUUACCCACUGAGCUACCUGGUGCACCAUUAAGAAUGUCAAUAAAUGUACAAUAAACUGUAUAUAAAUAAA